AUGUCGACCUUUGAGGCUUUCGGAAUUGUUCUUCGGGCGAUUCCCAUCCUUAUCUCAGGUGCAGAGCUAUGGCGUGAGGGAUACGACAAAGGCAGACUAGCAUUCCGUAAGCGACAAUAUGUCGACAAGCUUGCGAAUGCCCUGCUGUUACAGCGACAGACAGUGUCGGAAACAGUUCAUCUCAUCAUUACACGGAGCGGUUACAGUUAUGACGAGGCAUUACUUAACGAGGAUCCUCUUGCAUAUUUUCAGAAUGAGAACAUUCAGACUCAGGUGGAGGACUUCCUAGGGGAUGAGAACUACAAAGCUCUGAUUGGAAGGAUACGAGACAUGCAAACUACUUUAGAAGAAGUAGCCAAACAUUUGGAUGGUCUCAUUCCUUCUCACAAGGAUAAUCCUCAUGAUCUUGUCGGAAUCAUAGAAGCAAAUCAAACAGCAAAGAAACAUAAACCAGAUUUUCUCCCCCGCCUCAAAGUCGCUCUCAAGAGCAGCGAAAUAAAGCAAAGCAUCAGCGAGCUUGACACGGCCACCAGUACGCUCCACACAUUCUCACAAACAAUGUUAAUGAAUCGGCAUGGUCCUAUCAGUUCAUUGCCAUCGUCAAAUAACACCAAGCUAGCCAAUGCUUUCCGCCGAAUUCAGAAAUCCUCUAAAAACUUGUACACGGCUCUCUGUCGUUGUUGUACGGGGUCAUGCCACCACGAACAUGAUGUGCACGUAUUGCUUGAGGAUCGAAUUGACGUGGCAACUAAGCUUCUUCGCUCCAAAAAGCAAUGGAGUGAGGAAGAUAAAGCAAUAUUGGCGUUUCAGCUGAUCUUUGCCGCAAAGCUUCUCACUCCUAUUCAGACGAGAUGUCAUGAGCUGUCUGUCAGAUGUAUGCAGCAAGACGAAAGCGACGAUUGCCCUCCUGCUCUAGAGUCGAAACCUUCACGGGUAAAAGUUUGUGAGCCUGAGCCGAUCAAACUGAAAGAUCCACACUCUUUACAGUCAAACUUUGUUCCAAUAGACAAUUUUUGCGCCGCAAUUGUAACGGCUCACGAUAAAGCACAACAUGUCGCCUUUAUCCUACAUACAAGUAAUAGAAUGGGUGUUGUGACGGCGAAAGAGAAAACAAUAAUGCUAAAACACAGUUGCCAAACAAUUACUUUGAAAGAUGUGCUUUCGGGAACAUCCAAAGCUUACGGAGCGAGGUUGCCUCUGCAGUCGAGCAUGCUGCUCGCCUCAAAGCUCGCCUCAAGCCUGCUGCAGUUUUCUCAGACACGUUGGUUUGGCCAAGCAUGGUCGAAAGAUUCAAUAUUUUUCUUAUUACACCCGGUAUCGGAAGGCGUAGCACCCCUGGCUGACUUCAAUCGGCCCUUUGUGUACGCAAAGAUCGAAGGUGGGGAGGUGAACGGGGCGAAAACCGCCGAACCCAAGUCUAUUCUUCUAGAACUUGGAAUAUUGCUCCUUGAAAUAUGGCAUCACACCGCAUUGGAGAAUCGAUUCGCCCAAAGGAUAAAUCAGACUUCGGGAGAUUACUUCUCCCGAUUGUCUUUUGCGGCUGAGUGGUUGGAUGAUGAUUACAACCCGCUGUUGCCGAUGUACGAGAAUGCUGUGAGAUAUUGCAUUUACGGGGCUGCUACCAAACGCUGGACUGAUUGGAAUACGAACGAGCUAUGGAGUGAAAUAUGUAAAGAGAUCAUUAAACCUCUCUCAGAGAACUGUGGGCAGUGGAGGAGGAGCACGGUGACU